CUUUAAUCCCCCACUCCCAUAACCUUGUCUCUGUGGUAGCAAACUUGACUGGCCAUGAAGAGAAAGUUGGCAUGGAGAACUUUGAACUGCUCAAGGUGCUGGGGACUGGAGCCUACGGGAAAGUGUUCCUGGUGCGCAAGGUGACAGGCCACGACAUGGGGAAACUGUACGCCAUGAAAGUGCUGCGUAAGGCUGCCAUCGUGCAAAAGGCCAAGACCACGGAGCACACACGCACGGAGCGGGCUGUGCUGGAGCAUGUGCGGGCAUCGCCCUUCCUAGUGACCCUGCACUAUGCCUUCCAAACCGGCUCCAAGCUGCACCUUAUCCUGGACUACGUGAGUGGGGGGGAGCUCUUCACCCAUCUCUACCAGCGGGAUCAUUUCACGGAGGAUGAGGUGCGAAUCUACGCAGGGGAGAUCGUGCUGGCGCUGGAACAUCUGCACAAGCUGGGCAUCAUCUACCGUGAUGUGAAGCUGGAGAACAUCCUGCUGGACAGUGAGGGGCACGUGGUGCUCACUGACUUCGGCCUCAGCAAGGAGUUCCUCGCCGAGGAGAAAGAUCGCACCUUCUCCUUCUGUGGCACCAUCGAGUACAUGGCCCCUGAGAUCAUCCGCAGCAAGUCAGGGCAUGGCAAGUCAGUGGAUUGGUGGAGCCUGGGGAUUCUGAUUUUUGAGCUGCUGACGGGGGCCUCGCCCUUCACACUGGAGGGGGAGAAGAAUACGCAGGCUGAGGUGUCCAGGCGCAUCCUCAAGUGCCAACCCCCAUUCCCAACUGUCAUUGGCCCCGUUGCCCGCGACCUGCUGCAGAAGCUGCUGUGCAAGGACCCCAAGAAACGCCUGGGCUCGGGGCCCAAUGGGGCACAGGACAUCAAGGAGCAUCCCUUCUUCAAGGGCUUGGACUGGGUGGAGCUGGCCGCACGGCAGGUGAAGGCCCCGUUCAAACCCAUCGUCCGCAGCGAGCUGGAUGUUCGCAACUUUGCUGAGGAGUUCACCCGUCUGGAGCCCGUGUACUCGCCUGCUGGGACCCCCCCCAAUCUGGACCGCGUCUUCCAGGGCUACUCCUUCAUUGCUCCCUCCAUUCUCUUCAACCACAACGCCGUCACCACAGACGUGCUGGAGCUGGCGCUGAGUGGGGAGCGCCCGGGCAGUACUGCUGUGGCACGCAGUGCCAUGAUGAAGGACUCUCCAUUCUUCCAGCUCUACGACAUGGACCUGAAGGAGGCAGCGCUGGGUGAGGGCAGCUUCUCCGUGUGUCGCCGAUGCCAGCAGCGCCAGGGUGGUACCGAGUUCGCUGUCAAGAUCAUCAGCAAGAGGAUGGAGGUGAACACCCAGCGAGAGGUGAUGGCCUUGCAGCUGUGUGAGUCUCACCCCAACAUCGUCAAACUACAUGAGGUGCAUCAUGACCAGUACCACACGUACUUGGUGAUGGAGCUGCUGCGGGGGGGUGAGCUCCUUGAUCGUAUCAAGAAAAAGCAGCAUUUCAGCGAGUCAGAGGCCAGUCAGAUCAUGCGCAGCCUGGUGUCAGCCGUCAGCUUCAUGCAUGAUGUCGGUGUGGUGCAUCGGGACCUCAAACCAGAGAACAUUCUGUAUGCUGACGAGUCAGAGGGUGCCCCAGUGAAGGUGAUUGACUUUGGCUUUGCCCGCCUGCGCCCCUCGGACUCGCAGCCCAUGCAGACGCCUUGUUUCACGCUGCAAUACGCCGCCCCCGAGCUCUUCGCUGAUGAGGGCUAUGACGAGUCCUGUGACCUCUGGAGCCUUGGUGUCAUCCUGUACACCAUGCUGUCCGGACAGGUGCCUUUCCAGAGCAGCCAGGAGGGCGGUGCACUGACCCACGCAGCUGAGAUCAUGCACAAGAUCAAGGAGGGACAGUUCUCACUGGAGGGCGAGGCCUGGAGGGGAGUCUCCGAGGAGGCCAAAGAGCUAGUCAGAGGGCUGCUGACUGUGGACCCUUCCAAGCGACUGAAGAUGUCAACGCUGCGCUACAGCGAGUGGCUGCAGGAUGGCAGUGCCCUCUCCUCCACCCCACUCAUGACCCCUGACAUCCUGGAGUCCUCAGGACCCGCUGUGCGCUCAGGGGUCAAUGCCGCCUUCAUGGUGAGAGGGUGUGUGGUGCCUGGCAUGAGGGAGCUGGCCUGGUGGCAGAAGGGAAAGUGGGCUGAUGCAGGCCUUCAACAAGGGCAAGCGCGAGGGCUUUUUCCUGAAAAGCGUGGAGAAUGCACCCCUGGCCAAGCGCCGCAAGCUCAAGAUGUCAAGCACGGGGGCCGAGGCCCGGCGCAGCUCCUCCUCCUCCUCCUCCGGCUCCUCCUCAGCACCCCCUGCCCGGCACCCCCGCUCCAAACCACCUGGCCGCCGCCACAAUCCCCCCUUGUAGCGCCUGUAGGACAGGGAGGGGGAGCUAUUUAUUUUCUCUAUUGCUUGUGGGGGAGAAUGCAGGUGGGUGUCUCAUUUGGGGUUUUUUAGGGGGGAUGAGGAUUCUGCCCUCCAUGUGGACAUAUGUUUUUCAUUCAUCUUGUUUUUCCUUUUUUUAAGUUUGAUUUAAAACUGGGGGUUGUCCUGUGUACGUAUGGGAGUCAUGGGGGAUUGUUUCAGUGUGACAGAAAUUUGAAGUCCUCCAGGAGCUAAAGUGAGGGUGGUCUUUGGGUUGACAGGUAAGUGGGACAGCCCUGGGUGAUUGUGAGUGGUGUUCUGUGGGGCAGGUGUGGGGAUCAUGGGGUUAUAGGGCAAGGAGAUGUCUCGAGUAGAUGCAUAUGCCUGGGAGCAGUUCUGAGGCAUGGCUUCCAGGUGAGACCAGGGUCUAUCUCUGCCCCCUAUACUUUAGGGUUGUCCCAGUCCACCCAUACAGGGGAAGGAGCAGCUGUUCUUUACUGGGGAAGGGAGAUCCAGUGUGUACUGCUACCACCACCACCACCUAAAAUCUGAGGGCAGGUCCUUUCAGUCAAGACUCUGGGGCUGGAAUGAGGA